UGGUGUUUUCAUCUACUGUAAAAUGGCCAUCAUCAGAUGCCCUGACGGGGUUCCAGGAGAUCCAUACGUCUUUCUUCCAGCACUGUAAAGACCUGAGUCUGCGGGUGCUGAGGGUGAUGUCCCACAGUCUGGGUCUGGACCCCGAAGUGUUCCUGAGUGCACACCAUUUAAUAGGAACUGAGGAAAACGGCACAGCUCUGCGGUCCCUCUACUACCAACCGGUGAAAAAUGAAGAAGUGAAGGAAGGUCAGUUGCGAUGUGGAGAGCAUUCAGACUAUGGCACCAUCACACUGUUGUUCCAAAACGCUGAAGGUCUGCAGGUCCGUAGUCGUUCUGGUGAAUUCAUCUCUGUUCCCAGCAUCCCCGGGCUGGUCCUCCUCAACAUCGCUGACCUGUUGCAGCGCUGGACCAGUGAUCAGUUCAUCUCUGUG